UGUCGGUUUGACCGAGAAUUCGUACGGCAAUAACUGUUGUAAUCGUCAGACGCCAUUUUGUGCCUCGUUUCGCUGUAGAGCGUCACGAAAGUUUCAUCCUUUUUAUUUUAAUUUAAUUUCGCCAAAACGUCGCAAUUACAUAAAAUGGUGUCUUCUAAUCAACCGAAACUACAGGAAAUACAUAUAAGGAAAUUAUACAUAAAUCCACUGUUCUCUAAUAAAAUGAUUAUUGAGCACCAUUAAUACAGAUGGAGAAAAACAAAAAUAUUUGUGGGGCGGUUGCCAGAAAAUUGUCGCAACGAUGAGUUGCGACAAUUAUUUUUACGCUUCGGCGAGGUGACGGAAUGUGACGUUAUGAAUCGAUACGGCUUUGUACACAUGGCACGAGAGGAGGAUGCAGCUGCAGCUAUCAAGGCGCUCCACAAUUCCAACUUCAAGGGGGCAACCAUCAACGUGGAGCAGUCAACUGGGAAGUCACGCGGAGGCGGUGGAGGACGCAGGGAUGGAGACAGAAGAGGCGGACCAAUGAGAGGUGGUAGAGGAGGACGAGACGGUGGUAGAGACGCUCGUCCUGGACCAUACAAUGAUAGAAGAGUUCUUCCGAUCCAACUCGUUGGUUACGAUGGAUCUGCUGCAGGUGGCGUCGCAGCUGGCUAUACCGAUUACAAUCGUGGUGCUGGGGACUUUAGUGGACGAGGGACUGACUUUGGCACUGGGUAUACCGACCGUGGAGCAUAUGGCCAGAACGUGGGAACUGCUGCGAUGGGAUAUACCUCAACGGCGCCAGGGAUGGGUGGAGGCUAUGGACCUGCUGCUGCUGUAGGAGGAUAUGGUCCAACGGGAACGGCUGAUUAUGGCAGGACUGCUGAUUAUACCCGUGCUGCAGAUUUUGGAGCGAGAACAGAUUAUGUAGUUGGAGCUGGUAUGGCAGGUGAUUUUAACCGUGGUGCACCAGGUCCGGUUGAUUAUGGUCGUACGGAUAAUUUCGGCGCAAGUCGCACAGUUGAUUACACAGCUAGAAAUGAUUAUGAUCGCGCUGCAACCGGACCAAUGAGAAAUGGCGGUGCUGCCGUUGCCACAACAGGAUAUGGUACUGGAUACACUGAUGUUGGAUAUGAUGAAAGUCAUUGGCCAAUGAGUACUGGUCCCAGCUACAGUACCGGUGCUCCCAGUUAUAACACUGGUCCUGGACCACAAGCAGAUAUGUUUAGUAGAAGACCUGGUAGCGCUGUUCCCAGUGGUGGAUACCCACCUGUUGGUGGAGGCUAUACCGAAGGAUAUGACAGACCUGAUGCAUACGGACCUCCUCCACGUGGCGGCGGCCGCUUCCCAGGUCCGGCAGAUGCGAUGCCACCGAGUGGUGGCCACUCGCACGGACUCGAAUACCUAGGAACUGCCCUAUGUCCGACACAGAGUCCAUACAAUUACGAUGAUACUAUGUGUAACUUAUGAUAGACCUAACGUUUAACGUAUAACUCUUAAGGUGUGGUAAGAAUGAGAAAUAUCAUGGGUGAUGUAAAUUAUUCAAUAUAAAACAAAAAAAGAAAGAAAGAAAGAUAACAUUAUAUGGUAAUCUCUCAUAUGGAAACAAAGAGAAAGAGUACUAGGAAUAGCGACACACAACACAUAGACACACACAUUAUACAUAUACGACACAUAUAGUAAACUACAUUUGAUAUGAUAUCCAAAUAAUUCUAAUACUUUCUUUUUCUUCUCUUCUUCUUCUUCUUUUUACUUUUCGAGCAAAUCGUUGAUAUCAAAAUGUGAGAAUAAUUUUUGAGUUAACACUUUAAACUAAGAUUUUAUGUUCCUUAUCUUGUUUAUUUUUUUUUUCUUUUCUUUUUUCUUUUUUUCUUUUCUUUUUUUUCUUUUUUUUUCUUUUUUUUUUUCGUCAUACAUAUGAUAAUAUCGCCCGAAUUUAGAUAUUAUUAUCAUUAUCAUUAUUAUUAUUAUUAUUAUUAUUAUUAUUAUUAUUAUUAUUAUUAUUAUUAUUAUUAUUAUUAUUAAAGGAAAUAUUCACAAUAUCCUGUGUCUCUACCUUAAGCAACAUAAAUAAUCAUGCUGUAGGUUUAGAUAAUUUCAUUAUAUUUUAUAGCAUUAGUUCUAUACAUAAAAAUUGACUUAGGCUAUAAAAGCAAUGCUGUAUAAUCUUUUUUUUACAAAUAAGAACUUGAAUAAUGUUUUGAAUGUUCAUUAAUAAACCAAGAAAAUGUGCUUUCGGAAGUUAUUUAUGUACCUUUAUAAAAUAAGUAUAGAAAUGCAAAAAGAUAAUUAUAUCACAUAUUAGCAUGAUUACUUUAAUUGAUCUAACUGUCACAAUUUUUUUCUUUUCAUAAAUAUAAAAUUAAAAAAAAAAAGAAAUAUAUGUAUAUGCUUUGUAAGAGAAAUUUUCUUAUUUUACUUAUUUCAUAAACAUUCCGAUCUUCGAACAUCAAAGAAAUGAAAGUAAACUGAUUUAUAUUUUGAACAUUUAUAAUCAUUUCAUGUAAUAUUUUGCAAAAAAAAAAUUAUUGCAAAUGAUUAUCUUUAAUCAUUCAAUAAAUUCCUUCAUUGUAUUCAACAAAAAGAUAUUUACUUUUAGUAGUAAAUGCGUAUUGAAAUCUAUUUCAAAAUAGAGAUUAAAUAAAUGAAUAUUUAAUCAACAAUAAAGACCACAAAAAAAUGAUAUAAAAUUAUAGAGACUGAACAAAUUAAUUAUAGAUUUUUAUGAAGUUGGACUAUAAAUAUAUAAACAAAUAUGUAUUACGCUGGUUAGUUUAUAAAUAAAGUAUCUCUAACAGUCCUAACUUAUUGUCUUCGCUGUUAAAUGAGGAGCAUGUAAUAUCCAUAAUAUUUGAUAUAUAUAUAUAUAUAUAUAUAUAUAUAUAUAUAUAUAUAUAUAUAAUAUUUGAAUAAAAUACAUUUCCGUGUGAUAGUUACAUGAUCUGCUUUUGAAAAAAGAUACUGGUGAUACAUUUAUGAUACAAUAUAAAAAAAUUGAUGAAUAAGUGUAUCAUGAAGAUUUCUGAAGAUAUGAAAUACGGAAAUAAUCAUGUUCAGAGAAUUCUGGAGAAAGUUCUUGUAAAUGUAAAAUAAAUUCUCUUUAUCAUCAUAUUUCUUUUAAACAUAUGACAGUUCUUAAGGCUAUGCAAUGUAUAUAUAUGAUAAACUUUAUUACAAAGAAUUGAACAUAAUAGUGCAUAGCUUUAAACUGUCAAUUCAGCAAGAGAUGUUCUAAUCAGUUAGGGCAAGCAUGGAAACAUCGUUGUUUGCUAUGUCAGCGUAUGGCAAGUGCGUUUAGCAGGUUUUUACCGAAUAUCUACGUCCGAUGGCGAGAAUCAACGUGCGAUAAUCGAAGAAACGUCUCUAUCAACGAUUAUGAUCUUACCUAUGCGUGUGGCCGCCCGUAGAUGCGAGACUGCUGUGAAUAGUCCAACCUGCGAUUUGCGGAUAAUUCUACAAAUUGCGUUUGCGCUCAAAGCUGGCGUGCUUUGAAUUUGAAAAUGAAGAUUACAAACUGGCUGAGAAGAGAAGAAACUACUGAAUUUUGAGAUGAACUCAAGGAAGCUGAACUUUGAAAUGAAUACAAGAGUGAUACCACCAUGAGUACUUGCUUUACGAGAUUGAUGGAUACAUUUGGUCAUUGGAUACGGAGAGCUACACGAGCAAACAUAAUGAAAUGUAUCAAAGACGUAAGAACAAACUAUGAGUUUUAAGUUUUAUUUUUAAAAUUUUUAUUUUGAAUUUUAAGUGAAAUUAAAAAAUAACAUUUGAUCUGCUCUUUCAGUAAGUAAAAGAAAAAUAUCUUAAUGGUAUAUUAUAAAAUGUACAUUUAAUACAAAAACGUGCGAAUAAUAAUAAUAAUACGUAAGAAAUAGCUCUUCCAUGGGUUUAAUUUCAGGCAUAUAUAUAUACACCAUUGAAACAUUACUUUUAAAUAAAUAACUUAAUAUUUAUAUAAUA